GAUCCCUCAUUUACCUUCACUCGUAACGUGCAUUUAACACUAAAGCGCCAUGCUUCUGGACUCUUUUGUCUUGCUAAUAUGAUUCGAUUUUGGUGCGAUCUGGUUCUUUCUCGGUUUGAAGAACUCUCUUCGAACAUCGAAAACUCAGACACCAUUCUCGAUCAAGAGUGGAAGUCUGGCUGGAUUCCUCGUUUUGCUUUAUCACUCGCACCUCUGCACUGUUUCUGUCGAGCGAGUGCCGACCAGAGCCGCACUGUUUUCGUCACCGAUACCCUAUCAGCGCACUCACUCCGGUAUGGUACCAAUUCACAUGCGGACCACCGUUUUGUUGAAUCCCGCUUGACUCCGUUUCGACUGUUCGACACCUGCACAAUGCAUCGAUCACAGAGCGAGCCAAGAUUUUCUUAUCUGUGUGACUCCAGCAGAUGGAAUCCGAGUGUACCGCCAUGCCUCUCCGCGGGCUCCUCAUCUGCUGUUGAUAUACCCACAUACUUCGCCUCCUCUCAUCUACGAUGGUCACGUGCGCUGAUCUGCCACCUUCGACGCACCAGCGACUCCAAUGUCCACCCCUCCGAGAUUUACCUCCUGAACGCGAUCAACUCCAUCACUCGAACAGUACUUACGCUCUUAGACUCAAAAUGGAUUGAAGGCCACUGUUCUCUUUGUCUACCUCUUUUGGAUGCUCUCUGCGAUUUCUUCACGGCAUGCGUAAAUGUGUUACCUUCUGCUAUCCAGUCUAGACGUCCCUUACACACCACUGGUCGUCUCGAUUCCACUGUCCACUUCCUGUCCAAAGCCGUUGACUCUCUUACGAAAUGCGCCUCCAAUCCGCUCAUUCCACAUUUGGCCGUUCAUUUUCAGCGUGGGCUGUGCCGUCUUUCCUCACUCUACUCCGUGGAAAAUUCGUUUGCAAACUGGAGUGUGUUACUUGCACUACUUUCGCGUCAACCGAACAGCACCAAAUUUUGCCAAUUAUGCCUGCACGAACUGAUAACUACCACAUUCUGCGCCGUGCAAAUGAGCCCGUCUCCCGACAUUUCCCUUUUGCGACUCCCCUUUGACUGCUUUGAGCAUCUACCUUGUGAUCUUCGAUAUUUUCUUAUCGAUUUGUUUUGUACGCAUUUGGAUAUCGAUCCCUUAUUGAUCGAUCCGCCUGUUCAGUUCGAUUCAUCCCUACUGUGGUCCACAUUUAUUCAACUCAGCAAUAACAGUCCGUGUUUGUUACGGCUCCUGUUUUGUGUAUUCACUAAGCGCCCGUAUUCCGUCCCGGCUUUUGACGACCAAUUAAGCACUCUCUUGUCAGAUGUGGUGGACCAAAUGGUUAAGGACGGAUCGGAAGAUGCUUUACGCGACUUCGCGUCUGUCAUGAAACUGUCAUUUAUUUGGUGUACUCCUCCGAUGCGUUCAACCUUGCGCUACCACGUUCUUUCUUCCUCCUUGCCGUCCCUAUCCUUGAGACUCCCCCGUUUGGACGAACGGGCUGAUGUUUCUCUUAGCUUGUUAAAGCUUUGGGUCAGUGCCAUGAAUUUGUCUGAAUUGCACCUCUCCAACUUACUUCUCGUGGCGAUUAGUAGCGUGGACGACUUGAACGAACACUGCCUUUCUCAUUUAUCGCCUACUAUUCAGCAGUCACCGAGUAUUUUCUUAGAAGCUAUUCAGCAAAUCGCUUGUCUUCUGACGUCUCUAGUUUCGGUGGAAUCCUUCGAUCAGAACCCGGAGUUGAAUAUCCGCCUGUGGAAACGUCUACUAGACGUGCUACUUCGUUGGACUUGCUGUUACCUCCAAAUGAGACCUGUGUUGAAAGAGGAGCUUCAGGAGCCUUGGCAUUAUUUGGCCACCUUGCUGCUACACACACGAUACUUGAGAACCACUGUUUCUGUGCCAGCGAUCGCCCAUCUUGAUUCGUAUCUUGUGCAGAAAUUGCAAUCCGUUGAAAAAGAUCUAAGCACCUCUUUGCUUGAUAUGGCCACCUCCCGUUUGUUAUAUUUGUUGCGUCCGGAACCGCUUGAGUGGGAUGAACGUUGGCCAGAUCGAAUAUGUGACCUUAUUCAACCACUGCUGUUUCUUACACUGGAAGGAAAAGGAUCUGAGGCAAGUUUCCCCGAAUUCUACUGUUGCUUUCACAGGACCGCAGAGCUUUUCUCAAUCGUGUCCAAACUUCUUGGGCUUCUUACCAAAUGGUGUCGUACCUGCGACCCUCUCGCACCGUUCAGCUUCACUUACUGGCCUCAGUAUAGCGUCCAUUGUCCUCCUGCACUGUUGGAGGAUGUAGCGCACUCUACCACGCCUGCUCGCCACCACACCUUCGCAUUCACUCAUCUCACAUCAGACGAUUUUAAAAAUGGCCGUCUGUCCGGAUCUGAUCUGGAGAAACCUCUUACACCGGCAGAAUCUGUGGUGACUUCACCUACGUUGGACCAGUUAGUACAUUCCGGACUUCACAUUUCCACUUGGCUUCGUCUUUGUUCCCAGUCCCCUACCCAUCAUGCUUUUUCCUCUUCCGCUUUGGAUGCAUCCCAGUUGAUCAGCAGCGGUGAGCUGAUCCACUUUCUCAGCCUGGAGUCGGCUUCAGCUGCGCCAGCGAAUCCCGUAACCACUACUGAUCCGGGGAUUAGUCGGAAACCCUUGAACGCUUCGUGGUCAAUUCAGGUGUGGUUUUCUGCUCGACAUUGCUCGUUUUACAUCCGCGUGCACAGCACUAAAAUUCGUCAUAUCGAUUCGUGUGAGAAUCUCGACUUCGAACAGCUUUCACUUUGUACCUGUCCAGUCACAAGUGUCAGGGGCUGUUCCUGGAUCGAAUUGCCUCCUUACAUCUCCCGUACGCCUCCGUCAUGGUUUCACGUCUCUCUGGUGUUAAAAUAUGAGCGAGAUACCUUGCAACUCAACUGUUGGACCUACGGCCUGGAGUGCCAUAGAACCGAUGUCGACCUGAUUCCCUGCACGUUUUGUGACAACGCAUCGUGGCAACCGAUGUCGUCUACUACUUCGUCUGGAGUUGUUUUGCAUAUCGGUCAUCGAACUGCCAAUCCCAACGCGGAGGCGCUGUUCACCCAUGGAAGCGUGUUCAUUUUCACAGGUGGCGGGCUCGUCUGCCCGUUCUUUUCGGGAUCUGCGGUGUCUAUGGAGAAGCUUCCACUGUAUCUGCUGCUGCUUGGGCCCAACUGGUCAGGUUGCUUUGACGCAUUGGAACACGGCGCUCGUUACUCCAAUUCGGGAUGGUGCAUCUUAACCAGCCUUGUGUGUAGUCUCUACUCCACUACUCAUGGGGCAGCUGUAGCUCCUCAGUUACUUCUGGAAGGAACGAAAAUUCUUUCAUCGUAUCACUGGCUCCGUGUAAUGAGGAGUUUAGCUCAGAGUUCUCUUCUCUGUCUUUACGACACGGGUCACCCUAAUCGGGUACUGUGUAGCCCUCCGGAGCAAUCCACCUUGGAUCGACGCACAAGAUCUCAAUGGCGCAUGUGCAACCCAUCCCACACGUUCAGUCUUUUGGCCCUAUGCUGUUGUAACCUUACCGACUCACUCCGCGAACCAGGCUACGGGAGCACGAGCAGUCCGAUGCCCGAACAGAUUACUGUGAUGCCAAACGUACGGCAUUCUCCGUCCAUUGAGCACGCAUUUGAACCUCUCGGUGGAAUCACUUUAGUCGUCUUCUUACUUGGCCAAGAGCAUUUUUUGGAGCAUCCGUGCAACCAGAGUCCUCAUCAUUGGCCUGUGUCUUCUCUAUUGCAUUUAUGUCUCUGCCGAUUCGUUUCUACACCGUGUUCCGUUGAAGACAUUGUACCUGAGGGCCAGACACGCAACCUGUUUGCUCACUUUUGCCGAGUUAUCAUCAGUUUAGAUGCAGAUAUGUAUCUGAUGGCUACCGAGCGCGUGUUCGGUGCCGAGUCCGGAUCUCACUCACCACCGCACCUCGACCUGCCUGUGAAGAGCGUCGUUCCCGAUUCCACCUGGCUACGGUGGCACCAGCUAAUCACGCGUUGUGUACGCCCUGAGCAAUGGACCCUUUGGACAAGUGACACUAAACCCACCACCCAUUCGCAUUUUUCUGAGACGGGGGAUUUUCCAAAUGCGGAAGAAGGAUCAACAUCAUCACCAAAUCCGUCAACAGUCGAUACACAGCCUCCGCUCAAUGACCGCAUGGGUUUGGUGGACUGGACUUGUCUGCCGAAUGAAACCACUGCCACAGAGUUGGACACUCUCGUUCGCUACUCUAAGGACCUAUUCGUGUCGGAUGAGCGUCGCAGUCCGGCCUUGCAAAUACCGUCGUCAUCCGAGGAUUCGGAUACCUAUGUGACCGGGUGUUCGUCCACAGAGAUCGGUAGGGAGGCCGAAGAAUACAUGUCGGAGGAUGACAAAAACCGCCCGCUUCCUUUUGCAUCUGAUUGUGGUGCCUCCAGCUGCCCCGAAAAGCAAUCCGUUCACAGUUCGGACGACAAGGAAGGUUUAGUGAAACCGAUCCCCGUGAUUUGCGACAAAUUCCCUCUUCAUGAGACCGAAUCCAUUUCUGGUAGCGAAUUGAAGCAACGCUUCGUUGCAUAUCUGGUACACAUGCUUGACACUGCCUGGUCUAUGCUUUUGGACAGCUCGCCACCAGUCGAUCCAUCUGGCUCCCUGAAUCUUACUACCGUUACCAUCCACAGUGCGACACCUCGGAGUUCCCUCAUUUCUGUUCUGAGACCACCACUGUGGUUGGUAUACAGCUUGCUGGGUCACCCUUGGGUCGAAAUGCGUGAGGCAGGCUUAAAUGGUUAUCGAACGUGGCUGAGGCAUGCGGCUUCGAACGAACGGGCUCUCAAGCGAAUUCUAGGCAAAUCGAACAAGCUCAACGAGAUAAUCGCGGCGCAACUGCUAUUGUUGCCUCCACCACUGCAUCUGUCCGAUCCACAACUUCAAGCCCGUUCAGCUAUCAACCAUCGGCACAUCUGUUCACUUCGACUGAUGAAUAACUCCUUCGCCCUCAUCUUGGACGAGUGUCCCGCGCCUUCGUUGCAUCUUCUGCCGCCAGUCGAGUUGAUUAGGGACGACCCAUUUUCUGCCGUCUUUCCGUGUCUUCCUCCAUAUGCGGCCUCCCGAGAUGACGACAGCUGCUUCGAGUCAACGAGCACGCAGCCAGUUCGUUCCGAAUUGUGCUUCAAAUACUCCUCAUAUUGUUUUCCUGUUCUGCUUGCCGUACUCGCUGGCAGUGUGGCAGAUGCCGUCCUGAGUUUACGCAGCGCCUCCUUCACUGCCGAAGUGGAUUUAUGCGUCGAUAGUUUCAAGGCGUUGACAAGUUUGCUACAGAGCCAAAAUGGAUGUUUCCUCCUUCCGGCUUUGGACGCUGGUCUUGUUUCCGUUCUAUACUCCUUAGCCUGGCUUCUGGAACUGGGUGUCAUGAAGCCGGACUUCGACUCGCCGGAUCGCCGAUUCGCCAACUUGGCCCCUAUACUCACUUGCAUGAGUCGACUGUGGGCACGUUUGACAGUAUGGCUAAUGGACGAUUCCAGAUUUUCCGAUUCUUCAACCACAUAUUCACCCGAAUACCGGUUCCAUUUGAUUACGGAUUUGGUCCACCAACUUUUGGUGAUCUCGCCGCUGACAAAAGAAGGUCAAUCACCAUUGAAAGCUCGUGGAACGGACCCGGGGCCCAUCAGUCGUUGCCUUGUUCGUCGGAUAUUGUACAGCAUCUUGGACACAUCCGUGCGUAUUCUGAGCUCCAGUACGGAAUCGACUGGGGAUAAUCGCAAAAACUCAGUAUCUUGCAACUCUCAACCUAACACUCGAUUGGUAGAACUGCUGAAGUGGGCCGUGAACACAACCGUGAACGUUCUUAUUUAUUCAGUCAACUACGAAAAUAAGUUGUUGUGCUUCUUGAAGUCUUUCGAUCCCACGACCGGAGUGAUUGUAUCGCCUCAUCCAGCCAAUUUGCACUUGGCCACAGUUGGUCGAUCCCCAAGCCCGGAUUCGCUUCCGAAGUCCGGCGAUGAUCCAUUUGACAUACCAAGUAGCACAGGUUCCUCUCCUACGCGUUCGUGCUCCAUUUCUUGUUCGGUCCCGGACGCUACGCCUCCAUGGGCCUCUCCCCAGUGCAACAGCAGUCCUUGUUUAGCUUUUCAACAAAGUUUAGAUCAGGCCCUGAUCACCUUGUUGUUCAACACCGCCUCGGAUAUACAAAACGGGAUUGUGUUUCUUUCGGCCACGCCCCAGGCGAAAUCAACAAUCCAAUCCGAUUGUUUUACUGUGUCAUGUAAAGCAAUAGGGCGACUUUUGUUGUCAAAGACCCAACCGCCCGUUGUUGAAGUUGCGAUGGAUCCAGUGGCCUCAUACCUCUUGAAACUUUGCAACGAAGCACCGUCUCUGUUGUCCUCUUUUCUCACCAGUGCACCUCAUUUGUUUUCACUGGUAUUUUGGACUAACCUGUCCGAACUUCAAUUUUGGUUGUCUCGCCUCAAAGACAGUGGUGUUCUGUGUCCGAAUACACUGUCCUGUCGUCCGACCUCGUCCAGUCAUCACACAACUCGCUCGCAUUCUCUAUCUCGUCUCAACAAAGCCUAUUCCAUCGAUCUUACUCUCCGCCGCUUGGAGCAACUGUUGUUUACGGUCCAGUCCCUGCUUACCUUACGCACCGCGUGUCCCUCGACUAAAUCGCAUGGCCGCUUUUCAUACGCCACUAUAAUCAAACAUCGUAGCCUUCUGUUGUUGGCUCAUCAAAAGAAUAAGGAGAACUGGUCCUCUUCUUUACCACAACCGCCUGAACACUACUCAGCGUCCCCAGUGACGACUAAGAGUAUGACAAUGGCACGCCUUUCUACUUUGGUCAAUCUGCUACUCGCCUCAUUUGCUGGUACAGAGAGUUUCAACACAAAGGCACUCGAGCAGGAUGGCACAUUACCAAAGAAAACACAUCCAACUAGCAAGCUCCUCUCGACCAGGCGACUUUCCAGCCAAGCUCAUCGCUUGUGUGUUGAUGGAAAUGGAGCUUGGCGUGACGCCUUUGGCGAGCGGUUGCGAUUAGCCGGUCCCUUGGGUACCAUCCUGUGGGCACGAUUGGCCGAUCGACUGGAUCACGCUAAGUGA